CCGCCCACUUCCGCGGGCUCCCGCGGUGCGGCGCCUGCGUGCUGACGUCAGGCGCGUGCCCCUGUCCGGCAGUCGAGGAGACCCCGCGCAGUGCUGCCAACGCCCCGGCGGAGGAGCUGAGGUCAUCAUUGAAUUUGAAGUAAAGUGAAUACAAAACUGUUUCAGCAAUGCAGACAAUUAAGUGUGUUGUUGUGGGCGAUGGUGCUGUUGGUAAAACAUGUCUCCUGAUAUCCUAUACAACAAACAAAUUUCCAUCGGAGUAUGUACCAACGGUUUUUGACAACUAUGCAGUCACUGUUAUGAUUGGUGGAGAGCCAUAUACUCUUGGACUUUUUGAUACUGCAGGGCAAGAGGAUUAUGACAGAUUACGGCCACUGAGUUACCCACAAACAGAUGUAUUUUUAGUCUGCUUUUCAGUGGUCUCUCCUUCCUCAUUUGAAAAUGUGAAAGAAAAGUGGGUGCCUGAGAUAACUCACCACUGUCCAAAGACUCCUUUCUUACUUGUUGGGACCCAAAUUGAUCUCAGAGAUGACCCCUCUACUAUCGAAAAGCUUGCCAAGAACAAACAGAAGCCUAUCACUCCAGAGACUGCUGAAAAGCUGGCCCGUGACCUGAAGGCUGUCAAAUACGUGGAGUGCUCUGCACUCACACAGAAAGGCCUAAAGAAUGUAUUUGAUGAAGCAAUAUUGGCUGCCCUGGAGCCUCCAGAACCGAAGAAGAGCCGCAGGUGUGUGCUGCUAUGAACAUCUCUCCAGAGUCCUUUCUGCACAGCUGGUGUCGGCAUCAUACUAAAAGCAAUGUUUAAAUCAAACUAAAGAUUAAAAAUUAAAAUUCGUUUUUGCAAUAAUGACAAAUGCCCUGCACCUACCCACAUGCACUCAUGUAAGACAGGCUCAUAGGAAUGGCCCUCCCCCUCCAGAUACUAGUUGAUUUUGAGUCAUUGUGUAUUUGUCAGAGAAGUGAUGAGUACUAGUUUCAGUUUUGUUGUUUUAAAAUUGUUUUGUUUGUUUCGUUAUUGUUUCAAAGCAAGGCAUGCUUGUGACGACUCUGUAACAGACUAAUUCGGAUUGCUAAAGCUGCCCUGGGGCUCCAGUGUGGAGCGUGAUCUGGGGCGUCUAGGAAUUGGGUAUUUUUUCCCCUCCUUUUUUUGGUGGAGGGAGGGGAGUGUGUGUGGGGUCUGUUUUUAUUUAGUCCUUUUUGUUUUUAUUUUUUAAAUUCAUUAGCUAUUGGAUAGCCCUUAAGGAGAGGAGGAUGGAUGGAUUCCACAUUCCACUUCCUAUGCCUGGUUUAGAGGACACGCUCCCCGCCUGGUGCUCUUGGAAAGGAGUAUAGCAGAUGCCUCGUGCAGUGAACAUACUCCUUUUUGAAAGUUGCCUUUUCUCUCCACCCCUGAGUAGGUUCAGUAUUUGAUGAAAGUGGAACCUGAUUUGCCCCUCCUGUUUUCUAGGAUGCACUAUAUAUGUGACUGACUUUCAAGGAAAUAUGUUUGCCAUUUAAUUUUUUUAAAGAAGUUUUUCCCCCUGAAGUUAAUUUCUAACUUCGCUAAUAAAUGAAAAGUAUUGCACCUUUUGAAAUAUACCGGAUGGGUUGAGUACAUAAUUAAAAAGCAUUUUUCUUUUGUCAGUCAUUGUCUUAAUAUGCUUAGCAUAGGCAAGAUGUGUAAUAGUAUCUGAUACGGUAUUCCUAGAAAUGGCUGAUGACCUGGUAUAUAGAGAAAUUAUGAGGGGUGGUGCUAGAGGACAGAUAUCCUUGCAAUGAUUUGCAUCCUCUUCCAAGUUAGGAGGAUGGAGACCUGCUUCAUUAAGAAGCUAGGGAUGGGGUGGGGUGGGGAGAACAUUUAACAACAUGGGGACCAGCCAGGGGCAUCCCUUUAUUUCUUUUGUGCAUCUGCGAACCCUAGAGCAGCCAACUGAGGCUCUAGUUUAAUUAAAGAUACAAAACAAAAAAAAUACCAGAAACAGAGACUUAUAAAGACUCUUUAUAAUAAGUGUUAAUAGGGAUUUUAUCAGCUCAUUUUUGUUGCAAAAAUUCCAGUUUUUAAAAAUGUUCGGAUAAUUUUUCCCACCUUCCCCAAUCCUAAUUCUUGUAGAAUCAUUAGUAUUGAACCAAUGCUUUCCAUGUCUCAAUUCUUUGUAUAUGCAUUCUUUUCAGAUGUAUUAAACAAAAAACCCUUCACAAGG